AUGCCAAUCGCACAGCUGCCUGAACUAUGGAAGAAGAUAGAGGUGGAGCCCAUGGACAUUGAGACCAUCGAGGAGGACCUAAACCUGGACACAGAGUCCAUCACAGAAGAUACCACGGAAGACAACAAGGAGGACUCAGCCUCGGCAGAGACCAAGCCCGCCGCAGCACCAGAGGAAGAGGGCAUCGUGAAGGAAAUUGACAUCAGCCACCAUGUGAAAGAAGGCUUUGAGAAGGCAGACCCAUCCCAGUUUGAACUGCUCAAAGUCCUGGGACAGGGCUCCUAUGGGAAGGUGUUCCUGGUGAGGAAGGUCAAAGGGUCCGACGCUGGUCAGCUCUAUGCCAUGAAAGUUCUGAAGAAAGCGACCUUAAAGGUCCGGGACCGGGUCAGGUCCAAGAUGGAGAGGGACAUUCUGGCUGAAGUGAAUCACCCAUUCAUCGUGAAGCUACAUUAUGCCUUUCAGACGGAGGGGAAGCUCUACCUGAUCUUGGACUUCCUGCGGGGAGGGGACCUCUUCACCAGACUCUCCAAAGAGGUGAUGUUCACGGAAGAAGAUGUCAAAUUCUAUUUAGCAGAGCUAGCCUUAGCUUUGGACCACCUGCACGGGCUGGGAAUCAUUUACCGAGACCUGAAACCAGAGAACAUCCUCUUGGAUGAAGAGGGGCACAUUAAGAUCACAGAUUUCGGCCUGAGCAAGGAGGCCAUCGACCACGACAAGAGGGCGUACUCCUUCUGCGGGACCAUCGAGUACAUGGCACCUGAGGUGGUGAACCGGCGGGGACACACGCAGAGCGCAGACUGGUGGUCCUUUGGCGUGCUCAUGUUCGAGAUGCUGACGGGUUCGCUGCCGUUCCAGGGGAAGGACCGCAAGGAGACCAUGUCCCUCAUCCUCAAAGCCAAGCUAGGGAUGCCCCAGUUCCUCAGCACAGAAGCCCAAAGUCUGCUGAGAGCCCUCUUCAAACGGAACCCCUGCAACCGACUAGGUGCUGGCCUGGACGGCGUGGAGGAGAUUAAACGACAUCCCUUCUUUGUGACCACUGACUGGAAUAAGUUGUAUCGGAAGGAGAUCAAGCCUCCCUUCAAGCCAGCUGUGGGCAGACCAGAGGACACCUUCCACUUUGAUCCCGAGUUUACCUCAAAGACCCCAACAGAUUCCCCCGGCGUGCCCCCCAGUGCCAACGCGCACCAUCUGUUUCGAGGAUUCAGUUUUGUGGCAUCGAGCCUGGUCCAUGAACCCUCCCAGCACGAGUUCCACAAGGUUGCGGUUCAUCCUGUUGUACAGCAGUUACAUGGGAACAACAUCCACUUCACCGAUGGUUAUGAGAUGAAGGAGGACAUCGGCGUGGGCUCCUACUCCGUGUGCAAGCGAUGCGUGCACAAGGCCACCGAGGCCGAGUACGCUGUGAAGAUCAUCGACAAGAGGAAGAGGGACCCAUCGGAAGAGAUCGAGAUUCUCCUGAGAUAUGGCCAGCACCCAAACAUCAUCACCCUCAAAGACGUCUACGACGAUGGGAGGUACGUGUACCUGGUGAUGGAGUUGAUGCGGGGCGGGGAGCUUCUGGACCGGAUUCUGCGGCAGCGGUGUUUCUCGGAACGUGAGGCCAGUGACGUGCUGUGCACCAUCACCAAGACCAUGGAUUACCUGCACUCACAGGGGGUGGUGCACAGAGACCUGAAACCCAGUAACAUCCUGUACAUGGACAAGUCAGGAAACCCUGAGUCCAUCCGCAUCUGUGACUUCGGAUUUGCUAAGCAGCUGCGUGCUGAAAAUGGUCUGCUGAUGACACCCUGCUACACAGCCAACUUUGUUGCCCCUGAGGUCCUGAAGCGGCAAGGCUACGACGCAGCGUGCGAUGUGUGGAGUCUGGGGAUCUUGCUGUACACCAUGCUGGCCGGAUUCACCCCAUUUGCAAAUGGACCAGAUGAUACUCCCGAGGAGAUCCUGGCCAGGAUUGGCAGCGGCAAGUACGCCCUCUCUGGCGGGAACUGGGACUGCGUGUCUGACACAGCGAAGGAUGUUGUAUCCAAGAUGCUCCACGUGGACCCUCAGCAGCGUCUGACGGCCGUUCAAGUCCUAAAGCACCCCUGGAUUGUGAACCGGGAGUACUUAUCCCAAAGCCAGCUCAGCAGACCAGAUGUCCACCUGGUGAAGGGGGCCAUGGCGGCCACCUACUUCGCAUUGAACAGGACCCCGCAGGCGCCUCGACUGGAGCCGGUGCUCUCGUCCAGCCUGGCGCAGCGCCGCGGCAUGAAGAGACUCACGUCCACGCGCUUGUAG